CGUACUACGCGGUCUUGGGAAGUGCAGAAAUGUUUUUGAAACUUUGGUAUGGUUUUAUAUUUGUCAUAGUACUUUACGGAAUACCUUCAGAUGGACAGAAGAAGAAAGAGGUGCUCCUGGCAGACAAAGUAACCCAGAUGAUGGACUGGGCCAGCAGGCGAGCGGUGAUCCGAAUGAAUGGCGAAAAGUUCCGGCGCUUUGUGAGGGCACAGCCGCGGAACUACUCUGUGGUGGUGAUGUUCACUGCACUGCAGCCGCAGAGACAGUGUGGAGUGUGCAGACAGGCCGAUGAAGAGUACCAAAUCCUGGCUAAUUCCUGGCGAUACUCCAGUGCUUUCACCAACAAGAUCUUCUUUGCAGCUGUGGACUUUGACGAAGGCUCAGAUGUCUUUCAAAUGCUGAACAUGAACUCGGCCCCCUCGUUCAUCCACUUCCCGCCGAAGGGAAAGUCCAAGCAGGCUGACACGUAUGAGCUGCAGGUUCGAGGCUUCGCAGCGGAGCAGCUCGCCCGGUGGAUUGCAGACAGGACGGACGUCCAUAUCCGGGUGAUCCGGCCCCCGAACUACGCUGGGCCGCUGAUGUUGGGCUUCCUUCUGGCCGUGGUGGGGGGCUUGGUGUACCUGCGACGGGACAACCUGGACUUCCUGUAUAACAAGAAUGCCUGGGCAUUUGCCGCACUGUGCAUAGUCCUAAUCAUGACCUCAGGACAGAUGUGGAACCACAUUCGCGGCCCUCCCUAUGCCCACAAGAACCCCAACACAGGACAAGUGAGUUACAUCCACAGCAGCAGCCAGGCCCAGUUUGUGGCGGAAACCCACAUCGUUCUCCUGUUCAACGCGGCCGUCACCCUCGGCAUGGUGCUCCUGCACGAAGCGGCCACAUCCGAUAUGGACGUCGGGAAGAGGAAGAUCAUGUGUGUAGCUGGGAUUGGCCUUGUCGUCCUCUUCUUUAGCUGGCUGCUGUCCAUCUUUAGAGCCAAAUACCAUGGGUAUCCAUACAGUUUCCUGAUGAGUUGAAAACGGGGCUGGGAGGAGAUGCAGUCCUACCCAUCUCACUAUGGAAAUGGACAUAUCUCUCAGACGGGAACCAAACUGCAACAAACCCCAACACUUGAGACUUCAUAGUGCCUUAACGUGAAAUACAAAAUGAUGUGUUUAUAAGUUAACAUUGUCCUUUUUUUUUUUUGUUUGUUUCAAACCUGUUAUGAAUUCAGCGUCACCGUUAGAUUGCUCUGCCCUGUUGCUGGUAUCUGAUACUUACCUGUAUACAUCUGCUGGUGUAAAGCCUCUGAGGGCUACUCACACACGCACAGCUUCAGACUUGGACUACCUCAUCACACCCACUUCAGGUUUUUGCAUGUCAUCAAACAGGGACGUGUCCACAGCACCUCUGUCCCUCACAAGGGCUUUUAGAACAGGUCAAAGGUGGUGGGCAGGUUUCAUGACUAUAUCUGAUAUAAAGCAGUACAGUAGAUGAGUAGCAUUCAUUCAUAGCUUAAUUUUGAAUGCAAGGCAUGAACAUUGUUUUAAGGAAUUGCUCACAAGCUCCCAACGAGCUUCCUCCACCUAUCGCAGCCGUUUAUUUCAUAUUUGUGUGUGUCUCUUAGUGUGCAGGGGAGACAGUCAGUCAGUCUGUUCCAAGCAGUCGACGAGAAGCCGUUACACAGUGACUGGUGGUUUAUAUGAGAAAGCAAUGCAUUUUGUUUCUGAGAAACUGACUCUCACAUCUGGCAUAGAGAUGUCUUUAAACUGACUACUGUAACUAUAUAACCUGAAAUUCAAAAUGCAGUUCUAACUUAUUUUUUGCCAAAAUUAUGACCACUUGAUGGCAUUUUUAGUAUGUUGUCACACUAAGACUGGAUUUCAAAAGUUCAAAUCAUUGUCAUUUUGCAUAGGCUGAUAUGGGAGUUGGAAAUAUUUGAAAGGCCGGAAAAGUGUUUCUAGACACACUUUAUGGCAAAUAUCUUGGCUGUGCUAAAUUUACAAGAUGAUGUUGGUAAUAUAGAGAGACAUGGUU